AUGGCUGACGAGAAGGCCGCGCCGGCGAGCGCCCCCGCGGGCGAUGCUGCCGCCGGGCUGCCCUCGGAAGCUGUCCCUUCCGUAGAGGCACUUCCCCAUGGCGAACAAGUCUGUCCGGAGGUAUCUGCGCGGCACGAAGCUUGCCUUCAGAAGUGGCAGGCACCCGUCUGCCCGUACUGUGGCAAGCGCCAGGGCUUCAUCUUCGGUCUCACAGGAUUUGGACUUCGACUUCGCGGCCACGCGGAGCGCUGCAAGAGCCGCUGUGCCGCUCCCCAGGAGCAGGUCGCCCGGUCCGACCAGAUCAGCUCCGAGCCCCCUUUGUCUCGGCCUUCACCCUCCGAGGCUUGCGUGGAGAAAGCUCUGAAUACACCCACAUUUCAGGCUCCCCACGAUCAAGAGGCGGCGCCGGAGGCCGCAGCUGCGACCGAGGCCGAAGCUAUCGUCAGUGAUCCUGUUGUGGAGGCUUCGAACGAUCCACUGGAGGGGACCGCGUGCCAGAUUGAUGCACCUGCGGAGGUCAAGGAGGUCGAAGCGGUCGCCACAGAUCCUGUCGCCGAGGAGGCUUCCCCCGAUCAAGAGGAGGCACCAGAGGCCACAGUCGAGACGAAGGUCGAAGCUGUCGAGGAGGCUUCCCACGGUCAAGAGGAGUCACUGGAGGCCACAGCCCACACAGAGGUCGAAGCCGUCGUCAGUGAUGCUGUCGCCGAGGCUUCCCACGGUCAAGAGGAGACACUGGAGGCCACAGCCGAGACAGAGGUCGAAGUCAGUGAUGCUGUCGUGGAGGCCGGAGCUGGGAAGGUGAAUGAGACUUUGGACGUCCUGGGUGGCGACGUCUUGGAGGUGAAUUCCACAGCUGCAGGUGCCAUGGCCGAGGCGGCUCCCCACGAUCAAGAGGAGGCACAGGAGGCCGCAGCUGCGACUGAGGCCGAAGCUGUCGUCAGUGAUCCUGUUGUGGAGGCUUCGAACGAUCAACCGGAGGAGGCUGCGUGCCAGAUGGAUGCACCUGCGGAGGUCAAGGAGGUCGAGGCGGUCGCCAGAGAUCCUGUCGCCGAGGCCAAGGAGGAGGCUGCAACAGAGCAGCCUGAGCCUACGGCACAGGGCGAGGCUUCGCAGGAUCAAGCAGAGGAGGCCUUGUCUCCGACUGUGGAGGCCGAGGAGGCUGCAGUCGAGACGGAGGAGCCCGAGGCGCUGCCUGAGCCGAAGGCUUCCAAGAGCCAGGAGGAGGUCGCCAGCCCAAGCUCAAGGCCUCCCAAGAGCUCUGCGAAGAAGAGGACUCGGCGCUGA